AUGCCACCUAUACAAACAAUUGCGAUCCACAGCGUUUCCGACGCAUAUGCUGCUUCUGCAAAACGAAGAAAGGAAGCGUCGUAUACUGCAAUAGUCGUGGCUGUCGCUCCUGCUUCCACGUUUUAUGCGGAAAAGGACACCCCACUAAUCUACUGCGAGAAACACGGGAAACAGACCUUUGCCAGCGCGUUCUGCGAGGUAUGCGGACGAUCGGACAAAGAAGAAUCGCUGCUUCUUUGCGAUGGUUGUGACAAAGGCUUUCACUUGUUUUGUUUGAAUCCUCCGUUGAAGCAAAUCCCGUCGGGAGAUUGGUAUUGUCCGGGGUGUUUGGAGAAACGCGUCACGCGAGGCGAUGCGGUGGUGGUUUCGAAGCGAAACGGAGAGGAGCAAGUGGAGUUAUCGCGCGAUUACGUCGGGAAUCUGAUUAAAAACGCGGAGAAGAAAGCACAGAAACGCAAACUGAAAGAAGAAGAAGAAGAAGAUAAUGAUGAAGGAGUAAGUUUUUAUGAAUCAAAACGGAGCAAAACGAUCAUCGAGGACGAAGACGAGGAAGCCUUUCACCUCGACGACAACCAAUCUCUGGAUCUCAGCGUUUUGAUUUCCCUUGCGUUUUCACUAGGAAUCCAUUCAACUGCUGAUUCAACAGCCUCCGAAACACGUGGAACGAGGAAAAGUCCAGCGAUUUCGAUGCCAGCAGCAAUACGGAACCUGGAAAUCCGAGGUCUUCUUCUCUGCCUGCUUUCAUUUAGUUGCUCGGGGGAUUUAACAUUAUGUUAA